GUGAGAGAGAGAGGGAGCUGCACAUUCAGCUUCACUCCUCCUCUGCCAGCACACAUCUGCAGCUCUGGAGAUGGGACACUGAUCCAGAGAGAAAACACUCUAACUCUAACUCCUGUCUUGAGGAUCCAGUCCUUGAAGGAUGGCUCGCUGUGUCUCAGGGUGGUGAGGGAGAAGGUGAAAGGAAAAGUCAGUCUCAGGAGAGUAUUUAUGUUUCUCCUUUCUGAGGUCGAGCACAUGCUUCAUCUGAAGUUUGGAGUGAUGUCCCACAACUGGUGCAGGCAGGUCCUGCUCGGUCUGGAGGUGGGCAUGCUGAUGACCGUCCUGGUGGCCGGCACUGCAGGACAGAUCCAUGACAGGAGGGAGGCAGGGUCAUCCUGCUAUGGAGGAUUUGACCUCUACUUUGUUUUGGACAAGUCUGGAAGUGUGCAACAUUACUGGAAUGAGAUUUAUUACUUUGUGGACCACUUGGCACACAAGUUCAUCAGUCCUCAGCUGCGGAUGUCUUUUAUUGUAUUUUCAACAGAGGGAAGGACUCUCAUGCCACUAACAGAAGACAGAGAGCAGAUUCGAGCCGGACUGGAGCAGCUGCGCAUGGUGCAGCCGGGUGGAGACACCUUCAUGCACAAAGGUUUUCAAAGAGCCAGUGAGCAAAUCUACUAUGGAACUGGAGAUGGUUACAGGACAGCCAGUGUCAUCAUCGCUCUAACAGAUGGCGAACUGAGAGAAAAUCCGUUUGACUUGGCACAAAGAGAGGCCAGCAGAGCACGGCAGUUAGGGGCCUCUGUUUACUGUGUUGGAGUGAAAGACUUCAAUGAAACCCAGCUCUCUACAAUAGCCAACAGUCAGGACCAUGUCUUCCCUGUGAAUGAUGGAUUUGAGGCACUACAGGGGGUCAUUGAUUCGAUCCUGAAGAAAUCGUGCAUUGAGAUCCUGGCCGUAGAGCCGUCCAGCAUCUGUGAAGGAGAAUCAUUUCAGGUUGUCGUCAAAGGAAACGGUUUCCUUCAUGCCAGAGAUGAACAGAAGGUGCUGUGCAGCUUCCGCAUCAACGACACUGUUACGAUGAUGAAAAGACCUCUGGUGGUGAGGGACACCUACCUUUUGUGCCCAGCUCCUGUUCUGGAAAAACAGGGAACGUCGGCCACUCUCCACGUUAGCAUGAACAACGGCCUGAGCUUCAUAUCCAGCUCCGUCACAAUAUCUGCAGUCACUUGUUCUGACGGGACGUUCGUGGCCAUCGCUCUUCUCAUCCUGCUGCUCCUGCUCAUCAUCAUGCUGCUGUGGUGGUUCUGGCCUCUCUGCUGCACUGUGAUCAUCCAUGACCCACCUCCUCCGGUAAUGGAGGACAGCUCUGAUGAUGAGGAUGGUUUUCCCAAGAAGAGGUGGCCCACUGUGGAUGCCUCAUACUAUGGAGGACGAGGAGUUGGAGGCAUUAAGAGAAUGGAGGUACGCUGGGGAGAUAAAGGCUCCACUGAAGAAGGAGCCAAACUGGAGAAAGCUAAAAACGCUCGGGUUGUGAUGCCUGAAGAGUUUGAUACACUUCCAAUGAGGCCGUACUACAACGCGCACAAAUCCACUCGCCCACAGAAGUGGUAUUCUCCCAUCAAGGGCAAGCUGGAUGCUCUGUGUGUAUUCCUGAGAAAAGGCUAUGACCGAGUGUCUGUGAUGCGUCCUCUUCCUGGAGACAAGGGCAAGUGCAUCAACUUCACCCGAGGCAAACCCUACGCCGCCCCUCGCUACCCCAUCUACAACCAUCCCUCCACACCUGUCUACACUUUGCCACACACUUUCCAGCAGUGUCCAUUGGAGGGCGGCCACGUCUCUAAUUUGCCCCCCUCGCCAACCUCCAUGCUGCCGCCUCUGCCGUCCACUCCGCCUCCUCCUUGCUCCUCCUCCUUCUCCUCUUCCUCCUCCUCCUCCUUCUCCACCACCUCUACCCUUCCCAUGUACACACCGCCUCCGAACAGAGCCCUGCCGCCCGGCAACUCAAGCUCCAUCCCUGCACCCCCUUCUCCAACUGGCUCCCUGCCGCCUCCACCUCCGGGGCCACCUCCCUGUAGAGCACCUCCUCCGUCACGCCCUCCUCCACGCCCAAAUCAUGAAAGCAACUGAUAAUGAUGAUGACGAUGGAAAGAUAAAGCGACGUUUUGCACUGUGUCAUUGUAUAAUGUUGCUGCUGGUUAUUCAACAUGCCGUGCACAGUGAAAACUUUGGACAAUCGAGUGUGUUUUUUCCUCAACAAGUGGCUCACGCAUCGUGUGCAACAAACUAUGACUUUUUUUAAAAGUCUAGAAAGUUAAUAUUUAGUGUAGCAAGCACAGCUUUGGCUAUUCAACGCUAUUAUAGCUAUGCAAUUCAGUCGGUGUUUGAGAACGGGCCUGAUAUGAAUUGGAUUCAUUUAUUGGAAAUACAAAAAAAAUUAAAAAUCUUUCACUGCUUUGUGCUGUGAAAAAAUGACAGAAAAUCCGAAAAUCCCACUGCCUGAGCAAAUGUGCCACAUAUUUCAAUACAAAGCUGUCUGACGAGUGCUGUCUUCAAAUGUAUAUUUUUGUGGAAAGAAAUCUGAAUUAAAUCCAUACAUUAUGUGUAUAUAUGUGAUGCUG